AUGAAGUUGACAUUUAUUUUUUUCGUCCUCGCGACUGCCUCCUCGGUACUCGCAUCCCUAGACCGGCCCUUCUUUGUUGGUCUGGGGCUGCUGAAGAGUCGAAUCCCGCGGUUCAUCACCAACUUGGAACAUCCGUACGUCAAAGAACAUCAACGUGCCAUUGAAAGUCUCAGCGACCCCGUGCAGUUUUUCUGCUACCCCGAGCCGCAGCAGCGAGCCCUUCUCCCACCAAUACCAGACGAUAUCUUCAAGAAGCUGAGCCUCGACGACGAGAAAUGGGAUCACACAGUCAAGACCCUAUCCGGAUUUCUGGAAUGCCCUCUGGCAAUUCAGGCGCUUGAAGAGCUGCAAGUAGAGAUCUCUGCAUCCCCUGACAAAUAUCAUCAACCUCCAGCGAAAGUCUUCCCCCUCUUUACCCGAUUAUUCAAGGAAGCUGUACAGCUUAAGACUCUGGCUUGGAUGGACCCGCAUCCGGAAUGGGAUUCGUUUAAUACGACCUCGGCGUUGCAUAAAUACUUGACGGACCAACAGCUGAAUUUUCCAAGCAUCACUACCUUAAUUCUUGGUCCUAACGCGGAAUUCUUUGUGUCCGCGGCACCCAAAGUACAGAAGAUAUCCUCAGCACCGGGUUUCGCGUGGUCGUGGAGCGGGUUCAAUUCUCUUUCCAGAGAUGAAAAUGGACCACAGCGGCGACUUGUACGAUCUCUGGGCUCAGCAAAGCAGUUGGAGGCCGUUGAUCUGGACUUUAUUUUCAUCAAGGACUCAGUUGUCGAACUUGUUAAGGCAGCCCCGGGAGUGAAGACGCUGUCAUUAGGGGAUUUGAGUAACGAGGGUCGGCAGUAUGGCGAAGCUGGCCGCGACAAUUUCAAGGCCAUUCUUUUGGAGCUGGCUAAGUUGGAGAGUCUGACAGUCUUUUCCCUGCCCCACGUAGAUUUACUGGGUAUUAGUUCGUUUCCGCAAUCCGGUUUCAAGUGUGGUAAUGCGUAUUUUGGGCUUGAGGGAACCAAGUUCGGACGGAUCGAAACUCUUCAGGAUAUCCGAGAAACAGAAGAAGCUGCUGAUAUCGUUCUCCAAUCACUCCCGCAACUCACAAAGCUUUGCAUUAGGGAGUGUGCUGUCGUCAAAGCAGGCAAGAUCGUUCAAUGGCCUUGGACUGGACGGCUCAAAGAUUACGUAUUGCAGUACUGGCCCAGAUAUGAUGGGAUGGAUUCGGGGGAUGGCGUGAAGGAAGAUCCAGAUGGCUCGGUGCUCGACACAUGGGAGGACGACGAGGAGUGGUUCCCAACGUCCAAAGAGCACCGGAUCGAUGAACUAUGA